UUUGACUUUUUACAAUUAAAAAUCAAGUUUAUUGGCAUGUUUGAAAGUUUUCCUUAUCAUAGUCAUUCCAUUCAAGUUUUUUUCUGGCAAUCUUUCUGCCUUAAUAUGUUGUACUCAAUCCCAAGGAUACGGGCGACUUGAUUGCUCGAUAGCAUUUGAGUGCUGAACGGAUUCAUCAUAAUGCUCGUAUUCUUCGUACAUUUGUGCAAUGUUUAGUUCGAGGAAUAGGUUAAAUCAUGGAAAAGUUUAAUCAAUUGUUAAAUUCAUUGUAAAAAAGAAUAAUUUUGUUCUUUUCUUUCUGCGUCAGUUCUCACGAUUACCUAACGUAUGCACCAUUAAAUUUAUUAUAGCUCAUUUAAUAUUAUAUCAUCUUUAUUCAGCGUGAUCAAAAACAUGGAAAAUUUAAGCAGUCGUGAUUUGUGCAUAUUAUGUGAUGUUUGCUUUACAUCCCGAGAAAUGUUACAUCGUCAUCACAUCGCUUGUCACACCGUUGAAGAAUUGUCUAGACUUCUUCUCGAGUCUCCGGUACAUGUCCACAAUAAGUCCACAAUCAAUUCUGAAUCGUGCAAUGGCUGGCAACAUGCCGGUAUCAAACGAAAGAGUUCUAUGUAUGACUCAGACGAGCAGAAUGUUCUCAUAAAACGUGUUAAAAUUGUAGAGGAUGAUACGGAGGUAUGUCAAAACUCAUCAGCAGUGCCGCAGUGUAGCACCAAUGAAACUUUUGAGCAACUGUUUCCAAUCGACCUCAGCAUCGGAAAGAAAAUUCUAACUGGGACCAAAACCUUCACGAGUGAAAACAUUUUUACAUUUCAAGAAUCUCCAAUACUUGCCGGAAAAGACUUGAGAUCGAUCUUAGAAGAAAAUAACUCUUCGAGUAACAGCCAUGAAGAACUGAUGAACUGUGAUGACACUGAUCCGAACUCUGGUUCUGUCUUCACCGAAGUUAACGGUAAGGCUCAUGGUUUUGGAUCGAUGUCCCCAGAACUUUGCCAGAUGAAAUCUAAGCCGGAAAAUUUUCAUAGAAAAUGUAAUUCUUACAACGAAAAUUCUAUUGAAACUUUUGAAAUGAAGCGCCAAGUAUCUGAGCAUUCAUGCGGAGAAGAAAACGUAAACCAUACGAAUGUGAUCAGUUACUGGACACAAGAAUCAGCUGGCAAACAGAAUGGAUCAGAGUCUCCAAGAACAACCCGUCUACCUGCGCCUCAGACAAUCAUGAGUCAAAUGAUGAGUGGCUUGAGUGAUGAAGACGAGUGGCCAGAGCUCGGUGAUGAUAUUACACUCAUUGAUGAUGAGCAUUUACUCAGCAGUUUGGACUUGUUCCCAAGCCUCCUGGACGACUUUGUGAUCGAACUUUCCACGCUUGAAGAGUCGGGAGCUUUGACGGUACGAAACGCGGAGGAAGCUCCCGAGGUUCCGAGGAAACUAGAACCCAGGGGAGAAAGUGUUGCUCCUCCAGCAUCCAGUGUAAAAUGUGUUAACGUCCCAGCAUCUAGCAAAGAAAUUGUUCUCUUGCCAGCAUCCAUAGAAGAAAUCGUUUCUCUUCCAGCGUCUAGUGAAAAAUGUGUUCAUCUGCCAGCAUCCAGCAAAGAAGGUGUUCCUUUGCCAGCAUCCAAUUAUAAAAUUGUUUCUCUUCCAGCAUCCGGUGAAAAAGGUGUUCACUUGCCAGCAUCCAGCGAAGAAAUUGUUUCUCUUCCAGCAUCUAUUGAAGAAAAUGCUACCUUUCCAGCAUCCAGCGAAGAAGAAGCACCCUUACUGGCAUCCAGUGAAAAAAUUGCUUCUCUUCCAGCAUCCAAUGAAGAAGGUGUUCUCUUGUCAGCUUCCAGCGAAGAAGGUAUUCCUAUUCCAGGAUCCAGUGAAAGUGUUUCCUUGCCAGCAUCCAGCGAAGAACAUCCUUUACUGGAAUUUAAAAAAAUUCUUCCAUCAUCAGCCUGUCAUCCAACGCCAACAAUUUGUGUCCAUAAUCACGAAAAAUCUUCAAAUUACGUUUCGCAUCCUAACGGCAAAAAUGUUUCCGUAGAUAGCAGCGAUAUCAGUGGAUGCUCAAAAGCGAAUCGAACUAUUUUUGGAGAGGCGUUGCUUUCAAAAUCCAUUGUUACCUGCAAUACGUGCAGAAACAUUGAGAGCUACUACCAAGUAACAAAUAUCGAAAUUUCAAAUAAUAAAUCUGAAUCUCCGUUUGCAGUCGUAAAUGAAAGUAAUGUAUGUGAAUUUGGUGCAUGUAAAUCAAAAAGUUCUCACGAGAACAGAAAUGUCACCUUAAUACGUGAAAGCUCGGUGAAAGCGGCUCAAAAUACUGUAAGUUUUUUCGGAGGGAAAACGAUUUUCAGACUUGAUAGAAACUUAAUUACCACGUGCGCUCCAACUACGAAGGAGGUGCUACCGCGUCUCCCAUCUUACUCGUCUCCUCUUGUGGAUAACUUGACUGCAAGUAAUGAUACGACACUUGAUUUUAUAACCCCUGAGCAAAAUGCAAGUAAUGAAACGAACCUUGGUUUUACAACUCCUAAGCAAAAUGCAAGUAAUGAAACGAACCUUAGUUUUAUACCUCCUGAGCAAAAAAACAUCUCAGAAAAUCGUUGCGGAAUCAAAAACUCAUCGUUUACUAUGCCUGUUAAUAGCUUUUCAAAAGGUUCACGCGUUCGCAAGGAGAAACGGAAAGUAUUCUCAUCGCACAUAGUGUUGGAAAAAACACCGUGGCCUUGCUCAAGAACACGAUCUGGUAGACGGGUCAAAGCAGCCGGAUGUUCCGAUUUCAUUUAUUCUACUGUAGAUAAUUCGAAAUCUGAUUGUGCUCAAUGGGAUUUUAAUUCUAAUGGAAGAAACGGCGAAAUUUCCAAGUCAGUUUUGUUUAAAGAAGAUUCACAUCGUGAAACUAAAUCUAUAGUUUUGGUGCGCUCAGAUGACGGAAAAAUCCAGCUCAAGAAAACCAAGCUUUGGUGUAGCUCUGAAGAAGCAAGCAGCAAGUCUGAGUUGCCUUCAACGUAUAUUGAAGAGCCUAUGAAAACUACAGGUAAUAACUCUAAGAUUGCGGGCAAAAGAAGAGCUAAUAAAAUCGAUGUUCGCAGAAACACAACACGCAUUUCUCGGGUCUUCAAUGUUGAGUGCAGCUAUUGCGGCCACCAACUAUCAUCAGAGGUACUGAGAACUAUCAGCAAGCAUGAUCUUGGUCAUCAUAAAGUGUGCAUCUCGUGCAAGAAGGGACAUUAUCUGAAACGUUCAGCUAUUCUAGACCACGAGUCUGUUCCAAAAGUUGGUUCUCUACAACGUGCAGGCCAAUGCUCUAUUUGUGACACUUACGUCACUAAUGUUCGAAGACACAUUGAACGCGUGCAUGAGCAACAGAGAGUUCAAUGUGAAGUGUGCCACGCAUCGGUCAAGAAAGACUGCCUGAAGUCACAUAAAAAUCGUAAACAUGGGCCAGCGUCUCCCGUUGAAUGUGACCAUUGCACUAAGCUGUUCAAAAGUGCCUCGAGUUUACGGGAGCAUCUAACCAGAGUUCGCAGGAAAAUCAAGACCGUUCUUGAAUAUAUAUGCGAUUAAUAAACUGUACAACCUUGUAAUGAUGUUGUCUUUGGUUCG